GCCGCGGUCCGGCCGCUGCCGGCGGAGCUGCGCGGGCUCCCGCGGUGCCCGGGGCGCUGCUCCGCUCCGUGCGGACGGCUAAGGCGGCACCAUGAAGAGGAGAGCAGGGGAGCGGGAGAAAGAACUGAAGAAGAAAAAGCUUCUUGAAGAACUUGGGGAGAAUAGACUUCCGUAUCUGACACCAGCCGAUGCUGAUUUCCACCAGCUGUGGAAGACCAAGUAUUCCAAGCUGAUUUUCAGGAAAUCUGAUACAAUACCUGAAGAGCUCCAUCAAAUGGUACAAGAAAGCUUUCUGACCUUGCGAGAACACAACUGUUUCUUUCAAGAUCUUGUAAGGAUCAAAGGAAAAGACUUUCUUACUCCAGUGUCUCGUAUAUUAAUUGGAAACCCAGGAUGCACUUAUAAGUACUUGAACACAAGAUUAUUUACAGUUCCUUGGCCUACAGAAAGUUAUGAUAUAAAAUAUUGCAGUCCUCAAAUACGUGAUGCUUGUAAAGCAUUAAUGAGACUUAAUGACUACUUGCAUAUUGAAACAGUCAAGGCAUUACAAGGACAAAAUUUGUUUGAGAACAAAGAAAUUAAAGAUCCUGCUGUAAUAGAUAGGAAGCAAAAUUUUGCUACUUCUCUUAUGGAGCAAGGGUUUGCUUCGAAAGAUCAAAACAGUCUUUGUGUACCAGAGGAUGACAGAAGUCUAAAGAACAGAACAUCUUAUAAUUUGACUUUAUUAAAUUAUAUGGAUCCACUACAAAUGCUGUACUUGAAACAAGAACCUUACUUUGGAAUGGGGAACAUGGCAGUGAGCUGGCACCAUGACGAGAACCUGGUGGAAAGGUCAGCAGUGGCUGUGUACAGUUACAGCUGUGAAGAUUCAUCUGUACAAGAAAGCAACGAACAGGAACUGAAGGGAAGAGACCCAGCUGUUUGGCAUGUAGGCUUGAAGGUAGCAUGGGACAUAGAGACACCUGGCUUGGCAGUGCCACUUCACCAAGGAGACAUCUACUUGAUGCUUGAUGAUCUCAAUAUGACACACCAGCACUGUGUUCUGGCUGGUUUAUCACCUCGGUUCAGCUCAACUCACAGGGUGGCAGAUUCUUCAAGAGGAACAUUGGAAUACAUACUUGGGCAGUGUGAACUGGCACUCCAGAAUUUACAGACUGAUUCUGAUUCAAUGGCUUUGUCUUUGAAAUCACUGGAAGCUGCAGUGGUGAAACAAGUAGAAGAAAUACAUAAUGAGGUUGAAUUUGAGUGGCUUAGGCAGUUUUGGUUCCAAGGCAAGAGGUAUUUGAAGUGCACUGAUUGGUGGCUUAAGCCUAUGGCUAAAUUGGAAGAAUUUUGGAGAAAACUGGAGAUUAUGACAAGUCUGGUCCUCUCUGAGGUUAGAAAAGAGCAACAAAUUGAGGAACAAAGGAAUGAGACCAUCAACUGCUUCCUGCUCCUUCUUAAGGAGAGACAAAAGCUGCGUAAAGAAUGGACAGCAAGAUGCCAGUCAGAUGCAGCAGAGAGCUUGCCAGAAGACCAGAAACCAGAAUGCCAUCCCUUCUGGACAGAUGAUGAUGAAUGUAAUAUGCCUCUGCCAUAUGAUCUAGAAGAAGUAAUUGCUUAUCUACAAAAUCUUGUUCAAUGGAUAGAAUAACAAGUGACCUUCCAGCCUAGAAUUAUUGAUGCUGGUCAUCUGGGGAGAAGCUUUGUCGUUACCAUAAAUCUUUUCAGCUUUAUGAUUUCUUGAUUGUAUGUUAUUUUAUGUGUCAAUGCAGAUUUUACCAGUCUUUACAUAGUAGCUUAGUUACUGUCUCAUAAUAAAAAAGACCAGCCUCCAAA